AGGAAAAGAAUAGUAUAGAGAGUGUUAGAGUCCACCAAAUGUUGAAACGGUGCCUCGCUAGGUUAGCUUUUGAAGUAAAGGAUGUGAAAACUAAGUCGAUCAUUGCCCGUGCGCGAUCGAGGAAGGAAAAACAAGGUGUUUCUCCUUCUGAUAUCGACGAUGAAGAUCUCGCUCGCGAAUGUAAUUUACUCGAUUCUUAUCUCAUUUCUACUGAUGACUUGUUAGCGCAGAAGGAGAGACUGCUCGCAAUGCUAAAAGAGCAAAAACUAAAGCGCAUUUCGCAGCGGGAGGCUUUUUUCACUUGGCAGACUAAACAACGAGAAAAAGGUGCUGCAUAUCGUUUGGAUCGGCAAGCACGAACAGCAGAAAAAUAUAAGCAACAUCGUUACCACUCACAAAAAGGACGUAUUCUUCCUGUAGCACACUUUAAGGGGGAUGGGGAGAGGAAUGACAAAUUAGCUUGGGAAUCGGUAGGUGCAAAGCUUUGUUGCUCACGUGAGUGCAUGUCGUCGACUGAGUUCUUAGUUGAUGAAAAUCAGCGUAACCCAUACACAGUUUUUUUGUCCUUGAGCAAGCGAUAAUUUUUUAGUUUUCGCUUUACUUUCUCACUUUCUGCAUUUGUGCAUCGCCAGACAAGGAAUUGCAUCACAAGGGACGUCGGCUAUGAAACGAAGAAAA